AUUUUAUUCUAUCCGUGACAACGAAGGAGUGAACAUCAAAGUUUCUUAAACAAUUUUUUGUUUGUAAAAGUACAAAGACUGUGAAAAUUCUGUGCGAAGUGAAAAAAAAGGUUGUUGUGCGGAAACUCAAUUUUACAAGCGAAAAUGGGCCGAAAACGCCGAAGACAGGAAAAAGACACCGACCGAAUGCCGCAAGAAAAACGAUGUAAUCACAAUCCGCCUGAAACCGUGCCAACACUACGCAUCACGUCUAUUAACGACAAUUGUCUUGAGCAUAUUUUCAAGAAAUUGGAGUUCAUUGACCUAUUAAAUAUGGCCGAUUCCAGUAAAUGUUUUAAAAAUGCGCUCAAUUUGGCCUUUGCCAGUCAUUUUCGUGGAGUAAAAGUGGAUAUAAACAGCCAAUUUGUCCGUAUUAAUGAAUUAUUCAAAGUAACAUAUAAAAACAAUAUGUUGAAGUGUGGAACAGGUGACUGUACCAUUUCCAUUCACGAUGGAUCAAUUGGUUUGAAGCUUCUGCGUUGCUUUGGCCACUUAAUUUCAAAUCUAAGCGUUUAUCAUUGCGACGAACGAUUUCAAUGCAAAGUUAAUCGAUACAUCAACAACUACUGUUUCACGUCUUUGACUGAAAUUAACAUAAACUGGUAUCCAAAGGAUUUAAAAAACUCAUUUCCAAACAUCGAAAUCGUUCGAUUCCAAGAUUUGAAUUGUAAAACACUGGAGGCGAUGGAUGAUUUAAAGACUUGGUGCCCAAAUGUACAGCGCUUGGAAUUUAUUGAAUCGACAGCCAUAAAUAGCUGCCGCAUUGGACAUCAUUUAUCACACUUGCAGCACUUGAAAAUCCGUUUAAACCGUGGUUCGUUCACCGAAACUGGAUUGAAAAACGUUGAAAAUAUGUUACAGAUGAAUCCACAAUUGCGAAGUCUGAGCGUUUCUGGUUACAACAUCACCGCAAAUUAUUUCAGCUCCAUACGUAGUCACCUGCAAUCAUUGGAAAGUCUUUCAAUCGAUUGUAGAAAGCGGACAUUUUUCAAUACCAAUGAUGUGAUCCAAUUGAAUGCAUUAAAAACAUUCAAAAUACAUUUUGUUGAUGAGUUUUGCGAUCCGUUACCAAAAAUUCCAUUCGUCUUCAAUCAAUUGGAUACACUUUCGAUAAAAGCAUGCCAAAUCAGAAUCGACACCAAUUUCAUACAUUUCCUUAAAACACAUCGCAGAUCGUUAAUCAAAUUAAAUUUGAGCAAUUGGGUUUAUCCAAAUUUUUAUCCGUUCUAUGGAGGGAAUGAUUCAAAAUUUCAUGAUGCGAUGAAAUUGUUGAAAAAAAUCGAUAUGCAUGGAUGCCAAUUUUCCGUCCAUCAAAUUGAAGAGAUGUUGAAGAAAUGCAAAUCACUUGAUACAUUCGUCUUUACACCGGCUAUGGAUACUGAUUUGGAAACGAUUCGGAAGCACAUCGACACCGAAUGGUUUAUAGUUGAACGUUGUUUCGGAACUGUGAAAAUUGAACGACAAACUUUGCCAGCGGAAACAAAUUAAAACUUAUAUUUUAUAAAUUCGAAGGAAAACAACAUCACGAACAAGA